UCAAUCUCCAACGCACACACACACGCCACAAUUUCCCAGUGAGAGUGGAGACGCAGCGAGCUCGGCUGAAGAGAGAUAGAACUACAAAUCCAACUCAGAACUUCUCAGAAGAAGAAGAAAAAUUCCAAUUUUGGGACAUCUGCCUGCAGAUGCAGCGGGGAAGUCCUUUUUAACAAGGGAUUUCUAGAGAAACAUCAUAUCCAGUCACAGUUUCCUCCUGUUCGCCUCCUCUCCAUCUCCGUCCCUGACUGUGGUGGGGAAUACUUUUGGAGAGGCAAAAACUUAAAAAGGGAAUAGUGUUGCAACAGCAUACAAAGAGACCCUGGCUCCUGUAAAGAUGGCUGACGUGGUGCAGCCAGACCCCAACAGCCUGCAGAUACCUGGUGAUCAUUUAUCAGCCCCUUCAUCGCCUGCGACAGCUAGAAAUGACUGCAGCAUCACACCCCUCACACCUUCACCCUCACCGAUGGUGGAGGUCAGACCCAGGAUGACCUGUCCGUUCUCCGUUGUUGUGGCGAUAGACUUUGGGACGACCUCCAGCGGCUACGCGUUCAGCUUCACACAGGACUCGGAAGCCAUUCACAUGAUGAAGCGCUGGGAGGGCGGCGACCCAGGGGUGGCCAAUCAGAAGAGCCCGACCUGUCUGCUGCUGACUCCCGAAUUGCGGUUCCACAGUUUUGGGUUCGCGGCCCGGGACUUCUACCACGACCUGGACCCAGAGGAGGCCCGGCACUGGCUGUACUUUGAUAAGUUCAAGAUGAAGAUCCACAGCACAAGUGACCUCACCAUGGAGACGGAGCUGGAGGCGGUCAACGGACGGAAGGUCCGAGCCAUCGAGGUUUUUGCUCACGCCCUGCACUUCUUCAGGGAACAUGCUCUAAAGGAGGUGAAGGACCAGUCCACAUCGGAGCUGGAGGGAGAAGAGAUCAGAUGGGUUAUUACCGUCCCUGCUGUGUGGAGACAACCUGCCAAACAGUUCAUGAGAGAGGCUGCAUACCUGGCUGGUCUGGUGUCUCCUGACUGUCCUGAGCAGCUCCUCAUCGCUCUGGAACCCGAAGCUGCGUCCAUUUACUGCCGUAAGCUCCGCCUCCACCAGGUGCUUGACCUGAGCUUGCAGCCAAUCACAAAUGGCUUCGAUCCGGAAGGUUCCCGGCCCUUUGACUCAAGCUUCAGACAAGCGAGGGAGCAGCUGAGGCGAUCCAGACACAGCAGGACCUUCCUGGUGGAGAGUGGAACCGGAGAGCUGUGGUCUGAGCUACAGACUGGCGACAGGUAUAUUGUUGCAGACUGCGGAGGAGGAACAGUUGACCUGACAGUCCAUCAAAUCGAGCAGCCACAGGGAACACUCAAAGAGCUCUACAAGGCUUCAGGCGGUCCGUAUGGUGCUGUCGGCGUAGACCUGGCCUUCGAAGCCAUGCUGUGCCAGAUCUUCGGUGAGGACUUCAUCCAGAGCUUCAAAGCUAAGCGGCCGGCGGCUUGGGUGGACCUCACCAUCGCGUUCGAAGCGAGGAAACGGACGGCGGCGCCGGGCCGGGCCAACGCCCUCAACAUCUCCCUGCCCUUCUCUUUCAUCGACUACUACAAGAGACACCGGGGGCAGAGUGUGGAGGCCGCCCUGAGGAGGAGCAAUAUGAACAUAGUGAAGUGGUCGUCCCAGGGGAUGCUGCGGCUGACACAGGAAGCCAUGAAUGAGCUCUUCCAGCCCACCAUCGUCAAUAUUGUCAAACACAUUGAGGAGCUGAUGGCAAAGCGGGAGGUGCGCGGCGUGCGUUUCCUCUUCCUGGUUGGUGGUUUUGCAGAGUCGCCCAUGCUGCAGAAAGCAGUCCAGAGAGCAUUUGGGCGGAUGUGUCGCAUCAUCAUCCCCCACGACGUUGGGCUGACCAUACUGAAGGGCGCCGUGCUCUUCGGGCUGGAUCCCACUGUGGUCAGAGUGCGUCGAUGCCCCCUGAUCUACGGCGUCGGCGUCUUGAACCGCUUCGUGGAGGGGCGACACCCUCGUGACAAACUCCUCAUCAAGGAGGGUCGCGAGUGGUGCACCGACAUCCUCGACCGCUUCGUCUGCGUCGACCAGUCGGUGGCGCUGGGCGAGGUCGUGAGGCGCAGCUACACGCCUGCUCGUCUGGGCCAGAGGAAGAUCAUCAUAAACAUCUACUGCAGCUCCAUGGAAGACGCCACCUACAUCACCGACCCCGGAGUCAGGAAGUGCGGGACGAUAACUUUGGACCUACCGGAACCUUUACCGCUACCGGGAGAGGUGGGAGGAGCAGGAGGAGGAGCAGGCCAGGAGAGGAGAGAGAUCAGGGCGACCAUGCAGUUUGGAGACACGGAGAUCAAAGUCACAGCCGUUGACGUCAUGUCUAACCGCUCUGUCCGGGCUUCCAUAGACUUCCUGUCUAACUGAGGAGGAGCAGGAAGUAGAGAUUGGAAGGAUUGGAAAACAUAGAAAAAAACAGAUUCUAGGGAUGAUAAAAAACGGUAAAAAAAAACGGUACUCUUGGAAUCGGCUUUGCCUUCCAGGAAGAAAGUCACGUCUUGUAAUUCAGACAUUUAUGCUUCACCUUUAUUCAUAAGAGUAGAAAAAAGAUCAUGAGAGGAACUUUUUUUUCCAAGACUCUCCAGCCUUUAUAAAUACAUACUUCUCUAAAAAUUCGUCAGCAUCUCCUCAACUGAAGGGUAGAGCGCCCUCUACAUCCAAGAAAAGACGACAUGACUUCAGUGGAGUUUGUCAUGUCCCACCACAUAAUCCUGUCACAGACAUUUCCUGCCCAGAAAAUAUUCAGAGGAACACUUGUAUGGACUCUGUUAAAGCUAAUGCCAGCAGGUGUCUGAGUGCACAUCCCUACUGCAACGAACAGAUAUGUUAUAAUAAUACAACCUCUCCAAGGUGUAUUUCGACUAAUGCAUUAAACUACCUAGAGUGAGACUCACUCAUUUUAUUUGUUAACUAUGAAGACUGAUUCCUUUCCCAACUCAUAUAGUGUAACAAGUUCUGGACUGAUACCUCAUUUAAAUCCUAUUUCACCCUCCUUAAACAGAUACAACUACCUAGGCUGCAGCUUUGGUUCUCCAUUGUGACUAUGGUUGUGCUCCACCUAGUGGCGAAAAGACUUAACUACACGCUGUAGGUGAUAUGGGAAGUUACAAGUCCUCAGCAUGCAUGAAGCACACUCCAAAGGACCCUACACAGGAAAGGACUGUGGCAGUAUCGCAGAAUUUAAAUGUUUCUCAUAAAGUACGUCACCAUUCACAUUCAGGUGUCGAGUAUUUUUCAAUGAAAAUCAGGGUAAGAGCAUCAUCUGUAUCACAAGCAAUUUUUUCCAGCUUGUACUUCUUUAUCCACAUACAAAAAAUGGGAGUACACUUACUAGCCUGUCCCGUUGCUUUCAUCCACAUCUGUCUUUCUCAGCAGAUUUGAGUGUGAUCGGUUAUUAAGGAGAUGGCUCAGAUGUCUUCACUUGACGUUAUCACACGUUAAAACAUGACUUAAGUUCCAUACAACUGAAGAACUGUAAGACAGGCUAAAUGCAUUUAAAAAGGGAUGAAAAAGUAGAGCUCUAGUUAUGGGUUUUUUUUUUUCAACCAUGGUCUUUAUUUUAAUUUCAACUCCUUUUGGGGCUUUAACUCUCCCUCCUUAAGUCAUCCUGUCGUGUCAAAUCAUUAGUCAGUCUUUGUAUGUUGUAAUAAACUGUAUUCAUGUUA